ACCUCUGGAUGGAUGACAUUCCUCAUGUCGGUCUCCUUUAACCAGCUGAUGACAGGUCUAGGACAAAAACCUCUUUACACCUACCUCAUUGCAGGAGGUGACAGGUCUGUGGUGGCCUCCAGGGAGGGGAAGGAAGACAGCACCCUGCACAGAAUUGAGGAGCUGAAGAAGGUGGCUGCUGGGAAGAAGAGGGUCAUUGUCAUUGGCAUCUCGGCAGGCCUCUCUGUAAGUACGAAGAUAGGUGGAGUGGAUCAAUUUUAUAGGGAAGAAGGAGUGGGAAAGGACUGGCAGAACACUUGUGGAAGGAAUUUUCAUUUUAGCUCAUUCGGAUCUAAUUGUAUGAAUGUGAGCAUAGGGAGAAGGGAUCCGUUCUCAUAAUAAUUGUGCAGCAAUCUAUUAAUAACCAAGAUAGACGGACCAG